CGUAGCGUCAGUCGCAGUCGAUUGUUCGAUUCGAUUCGAUCUUGCGCGUUUUGAUUUUUUCACUGGGAGGACUCUCGUGCGAGGACGCGUUUUUCCGCGAGCGAGAAGUAGUGUUCGUGAAUCUCGUUGCGAGGUGCACGUCGCGAAACAACACGAUCGCGUGACAAGUUUUUCUUCCUCGAGUACAAGACAGACUCCUCCUAUACGGUCGAAGAUGAGCACGCCGGUGAAGAAAGUGCCCAUCCACCUGCAGAGCGCGCAGAACAGGCUGCUGAUCAAGAAUGGAAAGGUCGUGAACGACGACGGCAUCGUGGACAGCGAUGUUUACAUCGAGGACGGUAUCAUCAAGCAAAUGGGACGGAAUCUGAUAAUACCGGGCGGGACGAGGAUCAUCGACGCCCGCGGAAAAUACGUAAUGCCUGGUGGCAUAGAUCCGCACACCCAUUUCGAAUUGGAGUUGAUGGGAGCCAAGUCGGUCGACGAUUUCUACCAGGGCACGAAAGCGGCCGUGGCCGGUGGCACUACUAUGAUCAUCGAUUUCGUCAUUCCGAAGAAGGACGAGUCUCUUCUGGAGGCUUACGAUAGGUAUAGAGAGACAGCUGACCAAAAAGUCUGUUGCGAUUAUGCGCUCCACGUCGCCGUCACGUCCUGGAGUCCAAAAGUGAAAGAGGAAAUGGAGACGUUGGUGAAAUCGCACGGUAUCUGUAGCUUCAAAAUGUUCAUGGCGUACAAGGAUAUGUUCAUGCUGAGGGAUCCAGAACUGAUCGAAGCAUUCAAAGCGUGCAAGGAACUCGGAGCCAUCGCCAUGAUUCACGCGGAAAACGGCGAUAUUGUUGCCGCGAACACGAAACGGUUGCUCGAUGCUGGAGUUACGGGACCGGAAGGUCACGAAAUGUCACGUCCCGAGGAGGUGGAGGCUGAGGCUGUGAACAGAGCAUGCGUUAUAGCCAGUCAGGUGAAUAGCCCGCUGUACGUAACGGCAGUGACGAGCAAGUCCGCCGCUGACGUAGUGUCGGUGAAAAGGUUGGAGGGUGUCGUCCUCUUCGGGGAGACUCUCGCUAGCGCAGUUGGUAUUGACGGUAGCGAACAAUACGGGAAAGAUAUCGAAAAAGCGAGGCGUUAUGUUACUUGCCCGCCGUUGAGACCCGAUUCCACGACACCUGCUUAUCUAAUCGAACACCUUGCCCAAGAUGGCCUGCAGGUGACCGGAAGCGAUAACUGCACGUUCAACGCGGAACAGAAAGCGCUGGGUAAAGACGAUUUCAGCAAGAUACCGAACGGCGUGAACGGCGUCGAGGAUAGGAUGUCUGUCGUUUGGGAGAAAGGUGUUCACGCUGGUAUAAUGGACCCGACGAGGUUCGUCGCGGUGACGAGCACGAACGCCGCCAAGAUCUUCAACUUGUACCCGAGGAAGGGGGUGAUAGCUGUCGGCUCAGACGCUGAUAUAGUCGUAUGGGACCCCAACAGGAAGCGUACGAUUUCCGCCGAGACCCACGUGCAGGCCGUUGACUUCAACAUCUUUGAGGGUAUGGAGGUUCACGGUGUACCUGAGUACGUGAUAGUUGAAGGACGCGUCUGCGUGGACGAAUGCGAGCUGAAGGCUGUCCACGGGUUCGGAAAGUUCGUCGAGACAGCCAGUCACGUUAAUUAUGUUUAUGAAAUGAUAGAGGACAGGGAGAAGAGACCGCGCGGCGUGGCGAGGACUGAGGCCGAUGCGAAGAAGUACGCGGAGGAGGAUGCGGCGAUCGCGAAGGCCAGAGAAGAGGCUAGAGCGGCGGCCCUCGCAAAAACCCGUCAGACGAACGGCACUCACGAGAGCCCGAAACCGAAAGUGACUAUUCCCGAUUGCGUACCGACUUUACCUGAUUCCGCAGUGGUUACGCCAUCAUCGAAAGGUCCCCGACUGGAAGGACAGAGAAAUUUGCAGGACACUACUUUCUCCAUCAGCGAGGACGUCGAGGAAGCGAGAAGAGCCUGUAUCCGCGUGAACAAUCCGCCUGGUGGCCGCAGUGCGGGAGGUUUUUGGUAAUUUAUGAAAGACAGAGCCAAGGUCCGCUUUGCAAUACAGAGAUUUUUAUUACGAACAAAUAAGAAAAAUCUCUUCCCACCCUCACCCCACUCAUCAUUCACGUGCACAUUCGUCAUUCUUUUUCCUCGCUCUCCUAUUCUCUCUUUUUCUCUUUUGCUCUUUUCCUCUUGUUUUAGAACCGUCAGACCCGCUUUCAGGUUCGCUACUUCGCCAAAUACUAAGACUUAAGUUUCAUCGUUCUCGUUUUCCCGGUUUCAAAUUCACCUUCUGUAUAUUCCCAUCGAUCAAGGUCUGUUCCAAAAAAGGAGGAUUCGGAUGCCACUGGUCAGUAGAGUGUGUUCACGCUCGUGUAUUCGUGUCUUUUAUCGCCAUUUCUCGCUUCGUUAUCGCUUCAUUGCUGCCUCUGUGUACGUACCCUGUGCGCUUCAUUCGUUGACCUUGGACGGUAGUUCCUUCCGCGGAAGUCUAUCCCUGCGCGUGCAAUGGACGGACGUUUGUUAAGUUUCAUCGACCAUAUCGACUUUCAUCGUGCCGACACACGAGACUGAAGCGUCUUGAUCGGUUGAUUAUGACGCGUGUUAGGCUGCUGCGCUUGAAACGCCUCUUUCAAAUGACCUUCGGGAGCUUAGAACUUUAAAACUUUGCGUACGUCAUGUGAAUAUUACACGGUCAAUGAUACUAUCGUUGUUAAUGAAUGCUGACAGUGAUGGUGGUCGCGUAUGGGCAGAAGCAACGGUUUGACACUGAAUAUUAAUGUUUAUUUAAACCUUUUAAUCAUCGGUAUAACUAUUCAGACUGAACUCUGAAUGAACAUGCAGGUACAAAAUGCUGAAGGAAUGGUGUAAAUAAUGAAAUUAUUUAUAAAAUUGGUUUAUCAUUAUACAAAAAUAUAAAUAAUUAAUAUUAUUGAUUAUGUAGUAUAAUUGACCGUAUAAUAUCUGCUUAUAAAUUUAUUAUAAUCUUAGCUUAUGUUUUUUUUCUGAUAGAUGUUCCAACAAGUAGUCUCUUGUUUGUUGUAGUAGUUGGUUAGAAAUAAUUUAAACAUUUAUACUACCUGAACAGUACUUGUUAUUUGUCUCCAUUAAUUUAUUUAUAUAUUUUUCAUUAUUUAUAUGUAUCGUAAUAUUACGAAAACUACAGUAGAUUUAUCUAGUAACUUUAUUUAUUUAACUUUACUAUAUCUUAAUGAAUAAUUAAAUCUCAUUUAUUUUAUCGCUCUGAUAGUACAAUAUUCAACCUGAAGGAAAGAUACGUUUCAUAGUUCCGCAGCAGUCUAAUGAUGGUAAUUUUCUGGUACCAUUGACCAGUAAGAGAAAUUGCGAAGUAUAAACUGUGGGAAUGGAAAGUAUAAUUACAAUAAUACCUUGGUACUAGUUCCUUCUUAAAUCAAAUAUUCAAACUCAUCCAUCCUCAAAACAUCAUUACCAUUCUAGAACCAUGAUCUGCUAUCAUGGUAUUGUUGUCCUAUUUCCAAAGAAGGAAACUUUCUUUUAAGAACAAACAUCCAAUUAUUCUUACUGGUUACUCACAAACACCACUGUACAAAACUCUGAGUUUGUGCAAUAAUUGAGUCUCUCAGUGAACACCUUUACAGUUGCAAUACUUAAAACGAUGUUUUACUGUAUCGUCCUGAAUUUUAUGCAUUUGUAUAAGCUUUACAGAAUUAAAGAAAUCAAAAUAUCGUACUCGUUUCUUUUCUAAAUGUUUUCGACAAUAUGUUGAUAUUUUAUGAACUUGUUACUCCAAGGUCAAGCUUUCGAGCAAAUUAUUUAUUGCGCGUUUACAUGUACCAAUUUAUUACAGAAACAAAAAUCAAUGUCUGUAAACCGCAAGAUCUUGAAGAUUAUUCGAGAAAAAAGUGAAAAAAUGUAAUUCCAGAUGAAUGGUAUAGCGAAUCAUGAGUUGUACAUUAAACGAUUGUUAAUUA